GAACACUGAAUGAAGUUGUAAUUUUCUAGGCCCAGCAGAUGAAGCUGGAGGUUGAGAGGACAGCUGGUCCCCGUGAUGACAACUCCUCUGAUGAAGACUAUGGAGCUGCAGUAGGACCACUGAAAAAGCCAAAGCUCUCUGCUCUUGAGGAGCCAUUUGCUGAUGAAGACAUGGCAGUUGAAAUGAGACAAGAGAACAGUUCUAGCGACACAGACAAGAUUCAAGAGGAGAUCCAGCGGUACAGAGGUUCACCCUCUACCCUAACUUCUGUGAAUGCAGUGACCUGGUGGUGGAAUGUGAGGGACACUAUGCCAAUGCUAUCAAACUUGGCAACCAGGUAUCACUGUGUGCAAGCAUCAUCCACACCCUCAGAGCGUACAUUUUCUACUGCUGGAGACACCAUCAGCCAGGAGCGGGCUUGUUUGUCUCCUGAUAAAGCAGACAUGUUAAUCUUUCUCAAGAAGAACUGCUAAGAAUUUAACAGUGAGCAUUAGACACUGACUGGUCUCCAAAUGUUCUUUUUCACUGGAAAUGUUUUUUUUUUAUAUGAGAGAAGUACUUUGAAUGGAAAAAUCUGAGCUAAAAAUAAA